AUGAACGGAGAUACCUAUUCCUCCAGAGAUUCUGGACGUUCGCGCGAUUACUAUCGCGACGAGCGACGUGAUCGUGAUAGGGGGGCUCCGGCUGAUCGAGCCGAGAGACCAGAGAGACCAGAGAGACCAGAACGAACAGAGCGACCGGAGAGAGGAGAGCGACGACGAUCUCGGUCGCCUCACUUUGGGUCUAGGGGCGGCGGUCGCCGUGAGCAGGAGACCAACUCCUACUCUUCCAGCCGUGACUACCGUGCUCGGGAGCGCGAAGACCGCUAUUCCAGCGGCCGACGUGAUGAUCGGGAAUGGGAUCGUGGUGACCGCGGCGACCGUGCAGAGCGUCCAGAGCGUCCAGAGCGUCCAGAGCGUCCAGAGCGGCCAGAGCGUGCAGAGCGUCCAGAGCGUGCGGAGCGUGGAGACCGUGGAGAUCGUGGAGACCGCCGACGUCGUGACUUCGAUGACAGACCUCGACGCGGUGACUUGUUCGAAGACCGACCCCGACGUGGCGGCCGCGAGGAUCGGCCUGAUCGCGGAGAUCGCGGUGAUCGUGGAGAAAGAAGAGAACGGAAGAGAAGCGCUUCACCCCCGAGGCGCAAGGAGCCCACACCAGACUUGACGGACGUUCCCUCGAUCUUGGAGCGCAAGCGUCGCCUGACACAAUGGGAUAUCAAGCCUCCGGGAUAUGAGAAUGUUACUGCCGAACAGGCUAAGCUCUCAGGCAUGUUCCCUCUGCCUGGAGCUCCUCGCCAGCAGCCAAUGGACCCCAGCCGUCUGCAGGCCUUCAUGAACCAGCCCGGUGGAUCAGCUGAAAGCACAGCGCUCAAGCCAUCCAACUCCCGUCAAUCCAAGCGUCUUUUCGUGUACAAUAUUCCCGCCACUGCGACUGGAGAAAGCGUCAUGUCUUUCUUCAACCUGCAGCUCAACGGCUUGAACGUCAUUCACAGUGUCGACCCGUGCAUCUCCGCCCAGAUUGCCGACGACCAGUCAUUUGCACUCUUGGAAUUCAAGUCACCCAACGACGCAACUGUUGCACUUGCCUUUGAUGGAAUUACUAUGGCAGAGAGUGGGGAUAAGGGUCUUGAGGUCCGACGGCCCAAGGACUACAUUGUGCCGGGAACCGCAGAACAAGAGUCCCAGGAAGGCGCGCUCUUGAAUGAGGUGCCUGAUUCCCCUAACAAGAUCUGUGUUUCCAACAUUCCAGCCUAUAUUCCAGAAGAGCCCGUCACAAUGCUGCUCAAGUCGUUUGGCGAACUUAAAUCAUUUGUCCUCGUCAAGGACGCUUCUACCGAGGAGUCACGAGGCAUCGCCUUCUGCGAGUACGUCGACCCCGCGGCUACUCCCAUUGCCGUGGAGGGCCUGAACGGUAUGGAAUUGGGUGACCGUCACCUGAAGGUCUCCCGCGCCAGUAUUGGCACCACCCAGGCGACCGGCUUGGACAUGGGCGUCAACGCCAUGUCUAUGUUCGCCAAAACCACAUCCCAGGAUAUGGAGACUGGCCGUGUUUUGCAGCUCCUGAACAUGGUCACCGUGGAUGAACUACUCGACAACGAAGAUUACGAGGAAAUUAUGGAAGACAUUCAUGAGGAGUGCUCAAAGUUCGGAAAGAUCCUGGGCCUCAAGAUUCCUCGCCCCGGCAGCGGAGGUCGCCAACAAUCUGGUGUUGGCAAGAUUUAUAUCAAGUUCGACACUGAGCAAUCCGCUACCAAUGCUCUGAAAGCGCUGGCCGGCCGCAAGUUCUCCGACCGUACCGUCGUGGUGUCGUACUUUGGCGAGGAGAACUUUGAUGUAGAUGCUUGGUAA